AUGACAAAACAUGUCAUGUUCACAGCUUCUCAAGGAGAUGCGAUUACAGUUUUAAAAUAUCCUAGUACAUUCAACGAAAAAUUUAAAAAUCGAAAUAAAAUAUUAGCAAAAACCUACGCCGUUAACAACUUAAAGGAGAAAAAUGUUGAAUACAAGAGUGACAUAUCUGUCAGUAGUGAGAUAAUGCCAGUUAAAGUAAAUAAACAAAUAAUUUCACAAAAGCCAAUGAUUAAAAGAACUUUUAAAAAAAAUAAGAAAACAAGAAGCCUCAAAAGAAUAGAGAUUGGCACUGGGCAUAAAGUAAAACCAAGAUGUGUCGGCCCUUAUGAAAUAAUCAAAUUAAAAGAUAAUAAUCGAUAUGAUGCACAAAAUAUAGACGCUAACAUAUAUGGAUCUAUGGUGGAGGCUUCAACAGUGUCUCUUCAAAUAAAAAACUGGCCUAUUCAAAACAGG